AUGAAAAAAACAGACUUUGAGAGGGAUUUAUGUUCUAAUGACGAGCAUCUUAUCGCCAAGGCAUAUAAAUCAUUGAAAAUGAACCCAGAGGAUGAAUUAAAGAGGCUGGUGGGCGCCAUGGAGGAGCUGAGGCAGUGCCGGCUGCAGCAGAGGAACAUCUCUGCCACGGUGGACAAGCUCAGCCAGUGCCUUCCCGUUCUGGAGAUGGAGAGCAAGUUGAGGGAGCAGAUGAAGUCCAAACGGCAUUACCCCGCCCUGAAGACCCUGGAGCACCUGGAGCGGAUGUGCCUGCCCCAGCUCAGCCACUACGGCUUCUGCAAGAUCAUGGUGGAGAACAUCCCGAAAUUGCGCCAGGAGAUCAAGGACGUCUCCAUCUCCGACCUCAAGGACUUCCUGGAGAGCAUCCACAAGCACUCGGACAAGAUCGGGGAGACGGCAAUGAAGCAGGCCCAGCAGCAGAGGAGCCUGGACGGCCUGGUGGGGCAGCCCUCGAGGGCCGGGGGCCGCCGGGGCAGGAGAGAGGCUGGCGGGAAUUCAGGCCCGGAGCUCAAGAACGCCAGUCCGAUCUCCGAGCGGGAUUCUGGGAUCCUGGAUGUGGAAGAGGAGGAAGAGGAAGAGCUGGACGGUUGUAAGUGGAGGACUGCCUGUAGACAAAGCCACCCAGGGGGCGCAAAUGGAGACUCUCCUCUGUCCCACAGGAGCAUCCUGGACUCGGACACCUACAGCCCCGUCUCGGUGGCAGACCAGGAAGAAUAUGAGAAGCUGGUGGGGCAGUUUCCCUUCCACGAUGCGGAGCUGGAGAAGCAGCCAUUCCCCAGGAAGUUCCCCUUCUCCGAGCUGGUGCCUCAGAUCUACAACCAGAUCAAGGAAUUUAUCUACGCCUGCCUGAAGUUCUCGGAAGACCUUCACCUGAGAUCAGUGAUGGGUUCUGAGACAGACAGGGGAGCCCGAGAGGCCUUCGAGAGCUACUACCGGAAGCAGAGGAGGAAGCAGGCCCGGCUGGUUCUGCAGCCCCCCUCCAACAUGGACGGCCGCCACGCUGCCGAGGAGGAGAUCUACACUAACCUGAACCAAAAGAUUGACCAGUUCUUGCAACUUGCAGAUUAUGACUGGAUGGCCGCGGAAGCCCCCCCCAAGGCCAGUGGCUACCUGGUGGACCUCAUUGCUUUCUUGCGCAGCACCUUUGCUGUCUUCACACACCUGCCCGUUGGACUUGAUGCUCUCAAGAUUCCUUUGAAACCUUCUUACAUCCUGAUGUCGUAG